CGACGGCAGGGGAGGGGUUGGAGACAGUUGCCUAGCGCGGCGGAGGUUGCGGUCUGAUGGGGACGCGGCUCAGCAUGGCCUCGCGGGCGCCGCUGGGUUUCCCCACGCUCCCCCUCUCCAAUGGCUUACACAUCCCCGUGCUGGGGCUGGGUACAUCCCAUCAAGGUGGAUAUUCCCAUGAUGCUGUGGUGUAUGCACUACAAAAAUGUGGCAUUCGUCAUAUUGAUACAGCAAAAAGAUACGGCUGUGAAUCACUCCUUCAGAAAGCUAUCAAAGAAAGUGAUGUGAAGCGAGAGGACCUCUGGAUAACUACCAAACUCUGGCAUAGCGACUAUGGCUAUGAAAACACAAAACAAGCCUGCCUGGAAUCAUGCAAAAGACUUGGUGUUCAGUACCUCGAUCUUUAUUUGGUACACUGGCCCGAUGCACAAGUUCCUGGUAAAAGUAAUCGUGAGGUCCGAGCUGAAACCUGGAGAGCCAUGGAGGACCUAUAUGAGAAAGGUAUAUGUCGGUCUAUUGGUGUAAGCAAUUUUCUCAUUAAUCAUUUGGAGCAACUAAAGGAAGAUUGUAAGAUAACCCCACAUGUUAAUCAGGUUGAAUAUCACCCUUUCCAAAGGCCCCAAGAGCUGGUGGAUUAUUGUAGAGGUAGAAACAUUGUUUUUGAAGGCUACUGCCCAUUAGCCAAAGGUGAAGCUCUUACUCAUCCUAAUAUAAUUCAGCUGGCAAAGAAAUAUGGCAAAACCCCUGCACAGAUCUGUAUACGUUGGAGCAUACAGAAUGGGAUUGUCACUAUUCCAAAAUCUACAAAAAUAGAAAGGAUACAGGAAAACUGUGAGUGGCAUUAAUAAACUCAGUGCUGUACUUGUCAUUCAGACACUAAGGUGCUAACACCUAUUAAUUCUUACUGUUUUGGAAUUAAGCUGCUCCUGAUUUCACCCAUUUUUACUGGUCUAGUUCACAAAAAUAAAUUCUAUUAUAUGGAAACACAAAACACUAAUUCAGGCUUUGCAACAAAUAAGUGAAAUAUGUUUUUCAAUAUCACUUUGAAAUAGAAGUCAGUUUAAUUAAUGCUAAAUUAUAAUCUAAACCCCCAGGGCUCUUAUGACGCCCAUAUACACAUUAAAUAAGUUCAUCAUGAUUAAUAUUAUUAUGUUAUUUAACAAUAGAAUAAAACCUGAUUUUACUAUUUGAGAGCGUAUUUAUAGUAAACAAUCUAUCUUUACCUGCUUUACUCUAAUCAUUGUAUUAUUUCC